AAAAAAAAAAAAAACUCCACGCCGACGGAGUCGCGCAGACGCGCACAGGCACAGCCACCGCAGCGCAGGCGAGCGAGACGCGCAUGCCCAACCCUAGCGAAGCGAGUUGCGAGCACAUCCCUGCAUCGCCACGCCUCCGGGCUCUGGCCCCGCUCCGCCGCCAGACGCCUGACCUACUCGCCUAGUCGUCGUCUGAUCUCCGCCGCAUCCGGCACCGCCCGCCGCCCACCGGCCCUCGCGUCCAGGGCUCCAGGCGUUCUCCAUCCCCGGCUCCCCGCACAGCCUAAAAAAACUGCAGGAUGGAGUCAGCAUCCAAGGAGAUGGCACUGAGGUGCACCACGGAGAAGGUGACAGCGUCGAGGUGCUCCACACACAAGGAGGAGGGAGCACACAUCUUUGAGAUCGCCGGGUACAGCCUCAAGAAGGAUAUGGGUGUCGAGAAGUUUGUCCGGUCGGUCACCUUCACUGUCGGUGGGUACGACUGGUCCAUCAGAUUUUAUCCCGAAGGUACCACCGAGUCGCCCGAAGGGUGUAUGGGGAUCUGUCUUGAGCUCAUGAGCAGCAAUGCCGAGGUGCGGACGUUCUUUCGGCUUGGAUUGGUAAAGCAUGAGACAGGGUUGAUUGGCUCAAUGUUUACGCCAAACAAUAAGGUGUUCAGCUCCAAGACCAGGAACAGUCGUGAGUAUCAUCUGUUCAUACUAAGAAGCAGUCUUGAGGCGAAACCACUAAAGUACCUUCAGGAUGAUUUUCUCAUAAUCAAAUGUAAUAUUACGGUAAUCAAAGAAUCUGAGGUUUAUGAAACCAUGGGGCACUCUGAAAUUGAGGUGCCACCGUCAGACAUCAUGGAGCAUCUCGCAAAGCUGUUGGACACUAAAGAGGAAGCAGAUGUCACUUUCAGUGUUGGAGGCGAGACCUUUCAGGCGCACAAGAUUUUGCUUGCCAUGCGAUCACCUGUCUUCAAAGCAGAACUCUUUGGGCCGAUGAAGGAGAAGAGGAUGCGGUGUUUGACCAUCAAAGACUUGCAGCCCGCUGUUUUCAAGGCUCUGCUGCAUUUCAUUUAUACAGAUUCAUUGCCUGACUUGGAUGAUCUUGAAGGCGAUGAUAAGUGUGAAAUGAUCCGGCAUUUGCUGGUAGCUGCAGAUAAGUAUGCCAUGGACAGGCUGAAGAUUAUGUGUCAAAACAUCCUUGGCAAGAGUCUUGAUGUGGAGAACGUGGCAACUACAUUGGCUUUAGCUGAUCAGUAUAGCUGUGACAAGCUUAAAGAUGUUUGCAUUGAAUUUAUUGCCUCUUCAGAUAAGAUGGAUGAUGUGGUGGCAACCAAAGGUUAUGCAAAUCUCAAAAGAUCUUGCCCGUCUGUCUUGAUAGAUGCUUUAGAGAAGAGAAGCAGGCCUCGCAUAUAGAGCAGCUCAUGCGUACUAAAAUCAGUUACAUGCGGUUGUUGAGGUUUCUUAUGUUAUCUGCACCUUUCCUGAAACUUUUCGACGCUCAAAUAGUGUAAUAGCAUGUGUGGAACUUUUAUCAUCUCAAAAUGAAUGAAUGUUAGUAUGUUACAUAA